AUGUGGCAACAAUUUUGCAUGAAAUUACCGGUCAUUUUUUCCAUUGAUAUACCUUGUCAUAUUGAUGUUACUGAUUAUCAAGACAUUCAGCUAUUGGAUUUUGCGGACGCGUCCGUUAAAGAGUAUGCCGCCACCGUAUACUUACGCAUUAUCGACAAUACCGGAGCUGUAUCGGUUCGAUUUGUCACUUGUAAGACCAAAGUCGCUCCUCUGAAAGGGUCUGUUGAUGUCCAGUCCAUUUCAAUACCGCGCCUCGAACUAUGCGAUGCUUUGUUAUUAGCACAAACCCUUAAACACAUACACCAAGUCUUAUCAUCAAGUCUAUCUAUAUCACGGAUUCGAGCUUGGUCUGAUUCUUCAUUUGUUCUUUCUUGGUUGACUGCAGAUCAGAAAUAUUUUAAAAUAUUCAUAUCAAACUGGGUGGCGAAAAUACAUGAAAUGUUGCCGACUUACGAUUGGAGCUACGUUCCAACCACUGAUAAUCCGGCAGAUCUAGCGUCACGUGGUCUUAUGCCAAAAAAUAUGAUUUCUUCAACUAUUUAUUGGAAGGGACCCCACUUUUUACACUUGCCAGACGAUCGAUGGCCUAGGUCCAAUUUCGUUCCACUAAAUCCAGACCAACUACCGGAAAACAGACCCAAAACGGCCGUGGUUCUAUCUGUCACCACUUUGCUUCCCGCUCUAGAAAUGAUACAGCGCUUUUCGUCGUUUACCAAGAUGCAACGCGUAUUAUCGUACAUUUUUCGUUACCACAACCGUACACUACACAAAGUGGUUUGCAACGGCUCAUUAACAUUCGCCGAACGAGAGAAAUCCUUAUCAGUCGUUGUAAAAUGCACUCAAAAACAUUACUUCGCAGAUUUGAUCAAGGCUUUGAAAGCCCAAUCCAAUGUUACUCCGUUUUCAUUAGCGCGAUUGGCGCCCUACAUUGACAAAGACAACGUUAUCCAUGUGGGAGGUCGACUCCGUUUCGCCUCGAUGUUAUAUGACGCAAAACAUCCAAUAUUGCUACCGCGAAGUUCACACCUUACUGACUAG